CUCUCUCCCUCUCGCUCCCUUUCCCUCUCUCUCCUUCUCCCUCUCACUCCCUCUCUCUCUCCCUCUCUCCUCCCUCUCUCUCUCUCUCUCUCUCCCUCUUCGUCUGCCAAACCAAUCAUUCUUGCUGCUUCGAGAGGGUGAGGCUUGCUCUGGAAAUAGCUGUUAGAUUCUGCCACACCUGCAGCAGCUCUCUCAGUGCAGCUAUUUACCAGAGGAAUCUCACCUUCCUGUCUGAGAGCUCACUUGUUUACCAGAGGAAGAUCACCUGUUUACCUGAGGAAGCUCACCUGUUUACCUGUCUGAGAGCUCACUUGUUUACCAGAGGAAGAUCACCUGUUUACCUGAGGAAGCUCACCUGUUUACCUGAGGAAUCUCACCUGUUUGCCUGAGAAAGUUCACCUGUUUACCAGAGGAAGAUCACCUGUUUGCCUGAGGAUGAUCACCUGUUCACCUGUCUGAGAGAUCACCUGUUUACCUGAGGAAGAUCACCUGUUUACCUGAGGAUGAUCACCUGUUCACCUGUCUGAGAGAUCACCUGUUUACCUGAGGAAGAUCACCUGUUUACCUGUCUGAGAGAUCACCUGUUUACCUGAGGAAGACCACCUGUUUCCGUGUUCAUCUUUCUGAGAGCUCUCCUGUUUACCUGUUCAUCUGUGUGAGAGUUCACCUGUCUCUCAGACCUGUGUGAGAGUUCACCUGUCUCUCAUACCUGUGUGAGAGUUCACCUGUCUCUCGUACCUGUGUGAGAGUUCACCUGUCUCUCGUACCUGUGGGAGAGUUCACCUGUCUCUCGUACCUGUGGGAGAGUUCACCUGUCUCUCAGACCUGUGUGAGAAUGAUGGAAGAGGUGUCCAUUGCGGUGGCCUAUGAUGCCCACAUCAUAAACCAGACCACAGAAGAAGACUUGCUUUCGUCCCUGGUGGCCGAUUCCAAGCUACGAGCAGCGCUGCCCAAUCAGAAGCAGAGAGAGGUGAAGAGGAAGGAGGUACUUCAGAGAGAGAGCCAACCACCACCGACCAUUGAGAAGUUCAAGAAAGAGAACCAGCUGCUGCAGAAGGCCAGCAUUCGUCUGGAGCAGGAAAACGACAUCCUCGCCCACGAGCUCGUCACCAGUAAGAUCGUCCUCCGGAAAAACCUGGACCAGGUGGAGGAUAAGGCUGAACAGCUGAAUCAGGAGCUGCAGGGAGCGGGACAGCAGCUGUUCAGGUCCAUGGAGGAGGUUCAGGUCCAGGAGGAGGAGACCACGCUGCUGAAGGAUAUUAUCCGCACGCAGCUGGAGGACACAGAGUCCCGGAGGAAAAAGGCACUUGUCAUUAUGGCUCAAUACAAAGAGAUCUGUUCACAGCUGAGCUCCAGGCUGGAAGCUGAGGAGGUCCAGGCCGAGGCAGCGCUGGACCUGCUGAAGAGCCAGGUGGGAGAAUGUGAGCACUGCCAGGUCAUUUUUGAGGAGGUGGGGCAGCUCAGGCCCCCGUCCGAGGGGUGGGGCUCCAACCCGGACCAGAACCCGGACCAGAACCCGGACCAGAACCCGGACCAGAACCCGGAGCAGAAGACCAGCGCACUGCAGUUACCACAGGAGGCUCUGGAGCAGGAGCUGGCCCAGGUCAAAAUCCAGCUGGUGGAGGCCCAGUGCAGGAUACAGGAUCUGGAGCACCAGCAGGACGCACUGAAGAGUGAAUUCCACAACACCCAAAACUGGUUUAGCAAAGCACUACGCACCCUCAAACUGCCCCCCGUGCAACAUUAACCCUGUCUCCCCUGUGCGACAUUAACCCCAAUACACCAUCUCUUAUACCAAUACAUCAUUUCUUAUACCAAUGUACAUUCUGUCAAUAGCUCAUUGACAUCCCUGCUUACUUUCGCCCUUGUUGUGAAUUGAUAUUACCUUCAGUGGGUUAAUAGGGGGAGGCAAUAAGAAUUGCUACAUUUUGUAUGACAGCAUAGACAAUUUUCAGUGACAUCACAGCCAACUUUGUGACCUAACUGUUUCUGUGAUAAAUAAAUAUGUUUAUUUAAAAAUAAAAGCCAUUUUUAUUCCUUUUGCACACAAGAUCGCAAUAAAAACCAUUUGUACUAUG